CCCUCCAAACCACCACCCAAAUUCGAUUACUAUAUAUAUUUUGACCAACUUUGAACUUGGUGCCAUCGUGUCAGGGUAUCUGUGUGCUCAAAUUCAUGGUGAUGAGACAGAAUGGAUUGAUUUGAAAACUGCAAAGGAGGCCUAUCCAAUUCAGGUGGCCGAAUAUGCUGUUGCUAACAAACUUGUGUCUGAGCCUGCUUUCUCUUGGUGGGUUCCUUAUACUUUGAAGAAGCGUGAUAGAAUUCUAAAGGCUGUGAAAAGAAGAGCCUUAACUCGCAAGACUGAGAAAUUUGGUUUAGAAUUGCCUGGUACUGGUCCAAAAGGCGUGAGACGUGCCUACAAGAUUGACGCCAACACUGGUAGCAAUCAUUGGGGAAAUGCUAUUGAAAAGGAAGUUAAAACCGUGUUGCCUGCCUUAAGAAUCUUGGGACCAAAUGAACCUGUUUCCCCUGGAUAUACUUGUAUUGACUUGAUGACUGUCUUUGAUGUCAAGAUGGACCUCACACGAAAGGCCCGGAUAUGUGCUCGAGGGGACCAAACUGAUCCUCCUCUCUCGGUAACGUAUGCCAGUGUUGUCACUCGUGAAAGUAUUUGUAUUGGAUUCUUGCUUGCUUUGUUAAAUGGUUUGGAUAUCUUGUCUGCUGACAUUGCUGGAGCGUAUUUGAACGCGCCUUGUGCUGAGAAGAUUUACACAGUACUUGGACCCGAGUUUGGAGACCUUGAGGGUCGCACUGCUGUUGUGGAGAAAGCACUCUAUGGAUUAAAAUCGUCCGGGUUCUCAUGGAGAUCUACGCUUUCUAAGACUCUGAGAGAAGAAAUGGAGUUCGAACAGUGUCGUGGUGAUAUGGAUGUUUGGAGAAAACCCGCCUUGAAGUCAAACGGCGAAAAAUAUUACGAAUAUAUUUUUGUUUACACUGAUGACCUUAUGGCUGUUUCUGAAAAUCCCCGUGCUAUAUUGGAGAAGCUUGGAACGCAUUACAUGCUCAAGCCUGAUUCAAUUGCAGAGCCUACAACAUUCCUUGGUGCAACAAUUUCAAAACGUUUUGUUGACCCAAGUGAUUCUAACCCUAACCCUAACCCUAACCUCACAUCAAAAAUACAACUUGAAUUUGAAAAGAAACGUGUCUGCUGCCUUACCUUCUGGUUAUAA